AUGUCCGCUGAGUUCGCAUGCGGAAAGCUCCUCGGGCGAAGAAUCCUCCGUGGUGCUCUGACCAAUGGAUUUGAAUGGAUCUUCCUUAUCAUGAUGUUUGCAGAUGAUUACAACGGAGCCUCCUUACACAGAUCUCGCAGACUCUGCCGUGAUACUCUCGGCGCUCAUACAUGGCAUGAUUUGAUUGCUGCUAUUUUGGCAUAUUGGACUGACCUAUCUCCCAAUGGUGAAGAGCUAUGGUUUAUAGCUCUUCAGCCUUGGGAAAUAAUGAUUGGUUUACAGUGGACUAGGGGUCCCAAUGGCAAGAGCUAG